AUGCGAGUGGGAGUUGCGCAUGUGUUGUUCCCUCGUGUUCUCCCCGCAGUUGUGUGCGACUCCGCCGGGGCGAGUGAGGCGAAACGGUUUAAACAUGAGGAGUCCAUCCCACAGGCAUCCCUCAUCGCCGCAGCCCACAACGCACUUCAACAGUAUCAACAAGAACAAGAAAAAGAAAAAGAAGAAAAGCAUGGUGUCUUAAUGGAUUCUUUACCAGAAUUGGAGGUUCAUAUACAUGAGGGAAGAAGAGGUGCUUCUUUUUGCUUUGUGCGUGGUCUUCUCACAAUGGCUCUCACUACACCUAUGCACACAUCUCUUUUACUGCCUAAUGGAGUGACAAGAGAAGAUGUGGAGAUGGCGGCCUGUUAUCCACGGUUGUGUGAAUUGACAGUUGUUUUACCAAAUGGAGAUGUAUGGAAUCAAUUGCCAUUAUAUUGGGAGGACCGCACGGUUUUACUGCCAAACACAACUCCAACAAUACUAACAACAAAAGAGGAAGAGAAAGAAGAAAAAGAAGAAACAGCAGCAGCAGCAGCAGUAGUUUCUCAAGGCGGUGUGUCAAUGAAAGAGAAGGAAGGUAAUGAAAAACGUAUUUUGGGAGUUUAUGCUGAUAAUAUGAAGGAUAAUUCUACAGAUUCCUUAUUGUUAAACCGUCGUCUCUUACUUGUAGGGGCUGGAGGUAUUGGCUGUGAAUUACUUAAAGUGUUGGUACUCCGUGGUUUUACCGCUAUAGAUAUUGUAGAUCUUGACACGAUUGACGCCACGAAUCUUAAUAGACAAUUUCUCUUUGAACGUGAAGAUGUUGGCGCCUCAAAAGCCUUAACUGCACGUGCCGCUAUUCUUCGUUGGUUUACAUGUGAAUCCACUUGUACAUCUACACGUCCUAUUCCUGUUAUUCAUGCCCAUCAUGCAAAUAUUAAAGAUAGCACCUAUGAUGAGACCUUCUUUCGUCAGUUUGCUCUCGUAUUAAAUGCCCUUGAUAAUGUAGGAGCACGUCAACAUGUUAAUCGUAUGUGUAUGCGUGCAGAAGUGCCAUUGAUUGAAAGUGGUACGAUGGGAUAUAAUGGACAAGUGCAGCCAAUUGUGCGGGGCCGCUUUGAGUGUUAUGAUUGUCAUCCAAAGUCUGCACAACAACAGACAGUGGCGGUGUGUACAAUUCACGCACGGCCUACCACUAUGGUCCACUGUGUACAUUAUGCAAAGGAAUUGUAUGAGCGGCUCUUCGGGGAUGGACAGCGGGAACAGGAGGAUGAAUUGGGGUUUGUGGAGAUUCUUCUAGAUCAACAAAAACAAAAACAACAAGAAAAACAAAAACAACGAGAUGAAAAGAAAGAAGAAGAAGAAGAAAAUCAAAGGAAUAUAAAUAAUAUAGAAGACUUGCGAAAUACGGCGAUUGCUCUUGCUGAUUGUCUCUUUCGGGAAAAGAUAAGUGAAUUACUCGCAAUGAAGUCUGUCUGGGCUACUACUCCCCCUGUUCCAUUAGAUAAGGAAAUUGUACAAGAUGUAGCGGAACAGAUAAAAAGAGAUGAAUUGGAAAAUUCUGUUUCUGAUACUUCCAGAGAUAAUGCGAUUUCUCUUAAAGAGACUAUAGCACUUUUUAUUCAUUCCUUUGUACGAUGUGCACAGCGAAAUACACGGAUACCAUUUAAAAAGGAAGAUGAUGACACGGUAGAUUUCAUUGCCGCUGUAUCUAAUCUUCGUGCAUAUGUUUUUCACAUUGUACCGCCUCAUUCUGUAGAAGAAAUUCGCAGUAUUGCCGGUGCGAUUGUGCCAGCGAUUGCCACUACAAAUGCGGUAGUGGCCGCUGCAGUCGUUCAACAGGCAUUAUGUGUGCUGGCCGCUGAAGAAGCAGAGAAAACUUCUUCUCGUUCUUCCUAUGCUUCUCCACAGAUGGUGUAUGUACGUCGAGCCCCGCAAAUAAGACGAAGACGUCUUCCAUGUACGAAUAAUAACAGUAAUGAUAGUAUUAUCGACGCGGACGGUAAUCACAACGAUAUUAAUAAUAAUAAUAAUAAUAAUAAACAAAAACAAAAACAACGAUGGACAACAGAUCUUUUUCUUGUUCAUAGUGCUCCACCAAACCCACCUAAUGCUUCUUGUUUAGUCUGUCGUGAUUGUCAUCCAACAGUUCGGGUGCGAUUGGAUGCUGUUUCUACCACUUUAGGUACUUUUGCCGCUCAUGUAUUGCGGGAUAAACUAUCCAUGUCAGGAGCUUCUAUUUUCUCAGGACCGAAUGUGUUGUAUGAGGAAGGUGAGUAUGAGUCACUAUCCACAACACCUCUUAUAGAACUAAUGACAGCAGACAGGAAACCACUUGAACUUGUCAUUGAUGAUCUUGAUCACGAAGUGGAAUGGAGAGUUAUUGUUGAACACUGUGAAAAAGAGGAACAGGAUCAAGGAAAUAUAGUAACAAUGGAGGGAUUAGAUAAAGCGCUACAGUUAGAACAAACUCUUAUCAUGGAAUCAAAGGCUGCUGCAGUUGUUACUAAUACUACUAGUGAGGCUGGUAAUGAUGCGCCACCUUCUAAAAAUGGUGGUAAAGAUGAUUCAAAGGGGGAUAUUGUGAUUCUUUCUGAUUCUGAGGAAAGUGAAGAAGAAGUGAUGGUAAUUGAUUAA